AUGGACUUGACGAUGUCAUUGCCAAUAGGUCAAUCGAUAAGAAAUCUAGAGGGCAAAAAUAGACGAAGAGAAGAGGGAGGCUUUGCCGAAUCUCCAAGAGUCUUAGAGAUUCAAUUGCCUGUUAAGAUAGCUACAAAGGAAGAUCUGAUUGCUUGGGCAAAAUAUGUUAUGGGUUUGAUGGCCUCGAAGAUUAAUAUAACUUUAUCAGCGGUAAAGGAAGAAUUGUCGAAGGCGAACGAUCAAAAUCAUUUGAAGAAACCUAUAAAACAACAAACCUCAAGUCAAACAUCAUCGAGAUUUACCGAUAUUAAAUCGAAGGAACCAUUGCAACCUCCUUCACGAUUAAACAUCGUCAAACAGAAUAACAAUCUCUUUUUACCGCAAUAUCCAAACUUUGGUACGAGGAAUACUUACGAUUUGAACGAUGACGAGGUGAUACGUAACACAAAUGAUGUUAUCGUACCACCAGCACCAACUUAUCUUCCCGUACCAUUAACCAAUCCUGGAAUAGAUCCACGAUACAAACAGGAAGAACAAUCUAUCGGUAAUUUAUUCUUCGAUAAUUUCGAAGGAAAUUUAACGUCUAAUAAUUUCGAUCUCAAUACUUUUCACGACGAUUUAAACGUUAAAAAGUUUCUUAAUAAUCCCGAUGAAUUAUCGUCACCUAUAAGAUUUAAUAAUUUUACGACGUUACAAAGAAACUUGACCAAUCCUAUUCUACCAUUAAUAAGUGUACCCUUCGAGGCAGUAAUAACAAUAACGAGAGAACAAUCAACCGAAUCUAUUAUACCACCUAACAAAACGAAAAAUCUCUUAGUUAUACCAAAGAGAGAUCCACCAGAUGAAUUUCCUCCUUAUUUCGAAAGGAAUUAUACUUUGAUCGAUCAGGACGGUCAGAUAAACGUGAUAUUCGAUGAUUUCGUUACGAGAGAUAACGAUAAUGGCACGAAGAAAAAUAUUAGACAAGAGAUCGAAAAAGAGAAGAAGGACAAUAAAAAGGAUGAUAAAAGACGAAAGCCUACGAUGCUCAGUGAACUACUGCAACUUCUUCAAAUUUUAAGAAGAAAUUCGCAGAACGAUACUAACGAGGAAAUAACCACACCGAUUUCGAAGAUAAUUAAAGGUAUGAAGCCACAGAAGAUACAAAUUGCUCCGGCUUAUAACGAGUCCACAUUAACAACGAGGGAAGAACUUAAUGAAACUAAUUCUAAUUCGCCAGAACUCGAACAACAGGAUGAUUAUGAUGAUGACGACACUAUGGGCGGAUCGUUACAAUCCUUGAUUGAUUUAUUGCCAUUGGCUGUGCCGAUUUUGGAAGAUCUCAGUGACCCAAACUCAGAGACAGAUUUGGCUGAAGUUUUACAAGGUGUAAUACCUCUGGUACAAGGACUCUCUGAAGGUGACGGAGAAGAUGCUAUCGAUAUUCCUGGAGUCUUAGUACCGAUCCUGUUAAAUCUCAGCGGAGACGGACGAGGAAGUGACGUAGCGGCUAUAGCUGGACCAGUUAUACAAUUGAUAGCACCAUUGAUAGGACCAUUGAUUGGCCCUUUGAUCGGUCCAUUGAGUCGUUCGAGUAAUCCACCUUACGGACAAGGUGGAUCGUCUUUAUCAGCAUUGAUAAAGUCCGUGGCAGGUCCAUUGAGUACGCCAACUGGACCAGGAAAAAUGUCACCCUUCUCGAAUUUAAUAGCCGGGGUCAUUGCUAGUCUAAGCAAAGUACGUGGUUAUGGCGGCGGAGGACUCGAUUUAUCAACAUUGAUUAGUACAGUUGUGUCAGGCUUGCUAGCAGGUACCAGUGCUGGACUCAGUGGAUCAUCGAAAAGCGAUGGCCACAAGGAUUCAGCAUAUUCACCGACCAGCUAUGGUGAUUAUGGUGGAUAUGGUGGAUAUGGUGGUUACGGUCCUGCGCCAGCUCACAUGACGAAUCCCGUCAAUCUCCUCGGAAAUUCCAUCAAAGGAAUAAUCAAUGGUGCAUUGCAAUUGGUCGGAUCCCUUUUGAAAGCAUUGACAGGGAUUUUAGGUGCCUCGUCGCAAGAACCAGCACCUUCUUAUGGACCACCUACAAGUUAUGGACAACCUACUACAAGGGCUCCUUCUUACAACUCUUACAACUCUUAUGCUAAUUCUCCAAUUGGACAAACACCACCGCCAAGGCAAACGAGUAUCAAGAAACGUAUUAUUUAA